AUUUUUUAAUGGAUAAGAACAUUUCUCUAAAAGUUAAAAACUUCUAAACAGUGAAUUGGUUGAAAAAUAGAUUCAGAAAUCAAGUGAAGGAUAAAUAUAUUUUGAAUGAGAAGGAGCUGAAGGAAUAAACAAUGAUGAAAGCUGUCUUCAAAUCAAUUGAUAGAGAUAAUUCAAGUUUUUUAUUCCCUUAAUUUACUUUAGAGUUUCUAGAUCGCUAAGAAUUGUAUGACAUGUUCAAACGCUAUGGGAUUAACAUAACAAAAACUAAAUUGCGUGAAUUUUUCAAGAGAAUCGAUUAAGAUGAAGAUGGUAAUUGACAUUAUUUAUUUGUCAGACAAACUUAAUUGGAACGACUUUCGACAAGCCUUGUAAAACCAAGAAGCUUUAUAGAGUAAAUUCUCAAAUAUAUGAAGUGUUCGUUGAGCUCAUGCGAAAAAUCAGAGAGACCUCUGAGAAGUUAGGUAAACCAAAUGAGUUCAAUUUUGUGCCUUUAAGCUUCCCCAACAUGAUUUAAUACAUGAAUUAUUGCGUAUUGAGGGAAGAGCUCAUUCAGAAAAUUAAAUCGGAACAAUUAUCAAAUUAAUAAAAAGUUAAGCAGUGCACAAAUCUUUUGUCUUUGGAAGAUAUUUGCUAUAAGAAAGUAGUGGAUAUGAGAGAAGUAGAGGAAGAGCAACAACAAGAUGAAGAAGAUCCAUUCAAGAAAUCAAUGAAAAAAAAUAAUGAUCCUCAGCAACUAGCCAUUUUGAAGAGAUUGCAAGAAAAAGAAUAAAUGAUGCAGCGUUAAGUAAAUACUAAUACUCUAUUUUUAUAGAAAAGAAUUAGAAAAUUAAGUUCUUCUUAAUAUUACAGGACAGACACAGACUAAACUAAUAGAUCUAUUCGAAAAAGCUAUUAGUCAACUAAACAAGAGACGAGCAAAAUAUAUCAAUCGGAAUUUAAAUUAAUAGAUUAAUUUGUAAAUGAUAAUUAAUCCUAAAUACCAUUAAAAAUUACUGACAAUAAAAAUAAUUUAAACAUACAGCAGGCACUGUAGAUAACAGAAAGAUUGAAUUAAAAUCAUAACGAUUCUCCUUAUAAGUACUAAGUAAAUCACUUGAAAUAAGUUUCAUGUACUACAAGUACAAAGAGAGGCGACCAUUUUACAAAUUAAUAUCUUAUUGUAAUUUUACAAUUAAUUUAAGAAUUCUAAAUCGCCUUUUCUAACCUCUCAGAGAUCAAAACUUCGUUCUCCUUAAAGAAUUAGAGUAAUAUCGUAGAUGGAUUUGAAAAAAAGUGAUUCAAAAAAUAAAUUUUGA